AUGUCUACAGUUGUAUCAGGAACCACAAAAGCCGGCGGCAAGCGGCAUCGCGAUCAUGACCUGUGGCGAUCCGCCUAUAAGAAGCUGAAGCACGAACCGGAUGGCAAGAAGAUCCUCGAGAAAUGCCACAAAACUAUGCAAAAGGAGUCAGCCAAAAAAGGGAUAUCAAUAGGCCACCUAGGCUCCAGCGAUGGAAGGCAAAAACUGCUCAAACUCAUCAAUGCACAUGCCGACUCCAUGAAGUCGCAUAGCGGGACGUACGACAAAGUUCUCUCGACAAUAUUAAAGACUAAAGAUGUCGUCUCCACUGGUGCCGCCGCAAGUCCACCGGCUGCGAUUGCGGUGGCGGGUAUAUUCAUGGUGUUUUCCAUACAUCAGGAUUACCUCAGGGAGGAACAAGCGAUGUUAGACUGCGUCACACUAAUCGCCCGAAUCAUUUGCCGCCGCGCAGUGGAACACAAAGAGUGCGAAAGCAGGCCACUUGAAUCGAAGGAGUUGAAAGAGCUCCGGCAGCAAUUGAAAUGGAGCUAUCUGGAAAUGUACUUCAAGCUGUUAUUGACAACCGCGAAGCUCGUUUACAAGCUGAGCAUACCGCGCAUGCAGCGCUGGGCCGACACCCUAGUCGGAUGGACGGACUGGACAGCUGAGAUAGCGAGCCUCGAAAAGGCGGAGCGCGAAAUCGUUGAUGAUCUGGACGUUAUUCAUCACUAUAAGACUAACCCAGCUGCACAAGCGUCACCUUACUGGCGGAAAGGACGCAACACAUUGCACCAGAACGCGGCAAUCGGAAUCGAGAGUCGCGUCGCAGAGCUCAUCGAGACCAAUUCCUUUGACCCCAAUGCAAAGACGACGGAAGAAUGGACGGCGUUGAGCCUCGCAGCUGAAGGUGGGCAUCUGAAAUGCUGCCAGAUUCUCCUCGAGGUCAGGGGCAUAGACAUAGAAUCCCAGAACAAGGAUGGGCGCACUGCAUUGCACAUAGCAGCAAUGAAAGACCGCAAUGAAGUUGUCAGGGCUUUGGUCAGGAAAGGCGCCAACCUGAAUGUCAAGGACAAAGACCGCAAAACACCGCUCCAUCUCGCUGCUGAAGCAGGCAGGCUAAGGGCCGUCGAGGUCCUCUGCAACGCUUCCGGCAUCUCCCUCGAUCUUUCCGACUCCAACGGCAGAACCGCUCUGCAUCUCGCCAGCCUAAAGAAGAAAGCCCCAGUAGUCAAGCUUCUGUCCGACAAAGGCGCAAAGAUCGACCGCAAAGACUCCAAAAAGCGCACCGCCUUCCUCGAUGCUGCCGACGUCGGAUCCACAGAGCUGCUCAAAACCCUCCAAGAAUGCGGCGCAAACAUCAACCAGCAAACACUGACCCACAAGUGGAGCGCACUCCACAUGUGCGCCUCAUACGGGCACUCAAAAGCCCUCCAAGCACUCCUGUCAUUCCCAGAUAUAAAUGUCGAUAUCCAGAACACCGACGAACGCACGCCGCUCCACGAAGCAGUCCUCAAGAAUAGGACGAAAAUCGCUCAGACACUCUGCAACAAAGGCGCCGCAGUCGACACGCGGGAUAAGAAGAAACGCACACCUUUCCUCGACGCUGCGCACGCUGGAAACCUGGACAUUAUCAAAAAAUUGAAGGCCAAGGGCGCAGAUAUCAACCAGGUGUCUGGGAGGAACAAGUGGAGUGCGCUGCAUGAGGCGGCGCUUAAGGGGAAGAUUGAGCUGGUGAGGUGGCUUGUUAAUGAGGGGAUUAAGACGGAUUUGAGAGUCAGGAGUGGGACGAAGAAGGGGAUGACUGCGAGGGAGAUGGCGGAGCAGGGUGGGAAGGAGGAGGUGGGUGAGUUCUUGAGGAUGUGUGAGGAGAGGGGAUAG